AAUUGUGUUUUAUCGCUCGAGCUCGCUUACAAACGCUUAAUUAUAUUUAUAUUUAAUUAUAUUUAUAUUUAUGUAUACUUAAGCAUUUGGCUCUACCGAAUUCGUCAUAUGUUAACAUACGACGUGAGGUCCGAUUUCCCGUACCUACCUCACGCAAAACUGAGUUCGCCACGCCACGGUCACGAAAUAGUGAUUUCGAAAUCUAUCUACAAGCUCGAACCGAGAACUUGAUUAAGAUUCAAUUUGGCGCGAUGCCAAACGGGCAAUCGUCCCAGAAAAUUCGAGCGAAAGACAUAAAAUAAGAUAUCGUGCUCACGAGUCGACCUGCGUAAUCUUCAAGCACGCGUUUGCUUCGUCGAUGUCAGUGUCACGUCGUUCCGGUGUCAUUGCAAACGUAUCCGCGAAAACGAGCCGUAAAAAAAAAUUGCCGACAAUAUAUAUUCGCAAGUGGAUGGGAUUCGCACGUAUAUUUGCGCGAAUUAAUUCCGUUCGCGCGCUCCCGUAAAUCGCGACCUUGGCCUUUCUUCCUCGAUAAUAUCUCGAAUCUUCUUUUACUUUCCGAGAGAACCGGGUAGCUUCACCUCCAACGGGAGCAUGAUCGUCGUGAGCAACAGGUUGCCGUUUGUGCUAAAGAGGAACGAGAUAACCGGUCAGCUGGAACGCAAAGCCAGUGCCGGUGGUCUGGUAACCGCGGUAGCACCGGUUGUCAUCAGCGGAAAUGGAGUCUGGGUAGGAUGGCCGGGCAUGCACAUGGAUAACCCAAACGAGCCGAUUCCCGAAUCGGACCCCAAUGAUCGCACCCCCACAGCCGGUCUGCUAUCACGGAAGGUUGUCGCGGUACACGUUGAUCCCAAUAUCUUUGACUCAUACUACAAUGGAUGCUGCAAUGGAACCUUCUGGCCUCUCUUCCACUCUAUGCCGGAUCGAGCGACUUUCAUCGCUGAACAUUGGCGCGCGUAUUCUGCGGUCAAUGAACAGUUUGCUGCGAAAACGGUCGGUGCCUUGGAACAAAUUCACAAAGAACAAGAAAAUCAACAUAACGGCACGCCAUUGGUAUGGGUUCAUGACUAUCAUCUGAUGUUAGCCGCCAAUUGGAUAAGACAGGCGGCUGAAGAAAAGAAUCUCAGGCUUAAAUUAGGUUUCUUCCUUCACAUACCCUUUCCGCCAUGGGAUAUCUUCAGGCUAUUUCCAUGGGCCGACGAGAUUCUGCAGGGUAUGCUGGGAUGCGAUAUGGUGGGUUUCCAUAUUCAAGAUUAUUGCUUGAAUUUUGUCGAUUGCUGUCAGAGAUGUCUCGGCUGCAGGGUGGACCGUAAGAACUUGUUAGUCGAACACGGCGGUAGAACCGUGCGGGUAAGACCAUUGCCGAUCGGUAUACCAUUCGACAGGUUUGUCUCAUUAGCGGAGACCGCCAACAAGGUCAUGCAGUCAAAUCAGAAGAUCGUCCUCGGCGUCGACCGACUUGAUUACACAAAGGGCCUUGUUAACAGACUGAAAGCCUUCGAGAUGCUGCUAGAGAAACAUCCCGAGCAUCGCGAACAGGUGACGAUGCUUCAAAUCGCAGUGCCUUCACGCACUGACGUUCGCGAGUAUCAGGAUCUGAAGCUCGAGAUGGAUCAACUGAUCGGCUGCAUAAACGGUCGCUUCACGACACCCAACUGGUCGCCCAUACGUUACAUUUACGGGUGCGUAAGCCAGGACGAGCUAGCAGCGUUUUACAGAGAUGCCGCCGUCGCCCUCGUCACGCCGCUGCGGGACGGUAUGAAUCUAGUUGCUAAGGAAUUCGUUGCCUGCCAAAUCAAUACGCCGCCGGGAGUGUUGAUAGUGUCGCCGUUCGCCGGGGCCGGUGAAAUGAUGCACGAAGCCUUGAUUUGCAAUCCCUAUGAGAUUGACGAAGCCGCGGAGGUGAUUCACAGAGCGCUUACCAUGCCCGAAGACGAACGUACGUUAAGAAUGAAUCACUUACGUCGGCGUGAAAGGAUUUACGAUGUUAACUAUUGGAUGAAGUCUUUCCUUCAGGUGAUGGGAUCGCUCGAGGAGCACGAUUCCGUGGGUGCUACCACGAUGCAGCCCGUGACCAUGGAUGAUUUCGAUGAUUAUUUGAGCAAGUCCCCUAGGUACAUCGGUGAUAAUCAUAAAUUGGCACUUCUAUUGGAUUACGAUGGUACACUAGCGCCCAUCGCUACGCAUCCUGACCUGGCGAUUCUGCCGCUCGAGACGAAGAAUGUCCUGCAAAGGUUGUCGAAUAUGUCGGACGUUUAUAUUGCGAUUAUAUCGGGCAGAAAUGUGAACAACGUGAAAUCAAUGGUCGGGAUAGAGGGUAUCACGUAUGCCGGGAAUCACGGAUUGGAGAUUUUACAUCCGGACGGUAGUAAGUUUGUGCAUCCCAUGCCUGCCGAAUUAGAGGAUAAGGUAGCAAGUUUGAUGCAGAUACUUCAAGAGCAGCUGUGCAGGGACGGCGCUUGGGUCGAAAAUAAAGGUGCACUCCUCACCUUCCACUAUCGUGAAACUCCGAUGGAGAGUCGCCCAAGGAUGGUCGAUCAGGCCAAAAGACUUAUCGAGAACGCGGGAUUCAAAGCUUGCACCGCGCAUUGCGCCAUCGAGGCAAAACCGCCGGUCGAGUGGAAUAAGGGCCGUGCUUCUAUCUAUAUUCUGCGCACGGCAUUUGGUCUAGAUUGGAGUGAGCGUAUCAGAAUUAUAUACGCUGGCGACGAUGUCACAGAUGAGGACGCGAUGAAGGCGUUGAAAGGUAUGGCUGCUACUUUCCGCGUGGCGUCCUCGCAUAUCAUUCGCACGUCCGCGGAAAGACGUUUACCCAGCACGGAUUCGGUUCUGACGAUGUUGAAAUGGGUCGAGAGGCAUCUCAGUAGGCGUAAGCCUCGCAACAGCAUCGACAUCCCCGGCAUUCCAUCACGAUUUCGACGCAGCAGCGGCGGCAUCACGAUGGAGAUGUCUUAUACUCCGCCAAAAACGCCUCUCGAAUCCUAGGUGAUGCUCAAAUAUCCCUCGUUAGUAAUAUCAGGUAUAUAUCCGGCGAUAUAUAUCUAGUAUAGGAUUAUAAGGUACUCGUAAGAGCGUAAAGUCAGCCGACACAAAUGGAGGAGCAAGAGGUAUCGAAGGAAUCACCGCGAACAGUUAUCUGCGAUAAAAGGAUUGGAAAAACAAGUUAACGAGGCUCACGCCUAAAUCAUACGUCGAAUAUAGCCAUUAAAGAGACUGUCUAUUAGAACGACGAAAGAAACGGUACGGUUCUUUUUGACCGACAAGUAUAAUAAAUGAUAUUAUACUAUCAAUAGAGUUACCAAUAGAAUUCAAGUAAGAAGAAUCAAAUCGUUCUGCUGACUCUAGCUUUUAAUGUCGAUCGAUGUAUUUUCCGAUACCAGUUAGACUUUAGUCCGAGAAAAGAAAUAUCGAGCUUGUACGAAGUACACCGCGAUAUCGCGAUCAAUGUUUUCUGUGUGACUGAAGCUUCUAUUGUAUCUCUGUAACAGAAAGAUGUAUAUAUCAUAUAUCUAUUUUUUGGACGUAUCUAUUCUUACCGAAUUUACAAUUGAAUCAUGUGGAAUGCGAUGUACUUCUCCACAGAGAUAUAGCAUUUAAAUCGCAUCGCUCAGUAAAACAACAAACAUUCAGAAAGUAACAACUAAUUCUACAUUUUUAGUUGUGUUUUUUCCUCGUUAACGAUUUUUAUCGAUAGUGUAGUUGUGACAAAAUGAAAAAACAUAUCGUCUUGGGUCGUCAACAUCUACGAAGUAUGUGUUUUUUUUUAAAUGUUUAAUUUAUUUGUUUUUUCUUCCUCUUUCUCCUCCUUAUUUUUUUAAGAAGGAUCAACUGCAUUACGAAUAUUAAAAAUGUUAAAUCCUUAGACUUCGGAUAAGUGUGACAUUAAGAAUUUUAAUUCUUUUAUUAGACACUGUUUUUCUUUGAGAAGAAAAAACGUAUUACAAGAUACGUUUAAAUCAUUCAUUGGUAUUAAAACCUGUCUAACGGAGCAAUCGGAAUAAUUUUUCGAGUCUAAGAAUAGAAAUUUAAUUCAUAAUAUUAAAAAAUUUCUUUUCAUUCAGUUAUGCUCAUUUAAUACUGCUCUGCAAUCGAGUUAUCAAGAGAUGCAAUUUAUAUGCAAUUUAUUUAAUGCAAUGCCAAUUUAUAUUUUGUAUUGCGUAAUUUACGAUAAAAAAAUGAUAUCAAUAUAACGAUAAGGAAUUCUAAAAGUAAUACACUUUCAGUAAUGAAAAUUGUGCGCUCUACACAAAUCUUUUAGCAAAUGUGUAAAAAAACUGUAGAAACGAAUGAUCAUUUUGUGCGAGAGAGAGCGAAAAAAGCAAAGUCUAAGUAAAGUAGUUCCAACGUAGGUUUUACACUUUUUCUAAGGAUAAAUAUGCAACAUGUAAAGGAAAAAGAAACGAGAGAAAGUUAAUGGCAUUUAUACUGAUAUAGCUGUUCUUGGUUAUGUGUAUGUCGAUUCGCGAUAAUGCGUAAGAAACAGCUAUAUUAGGAUCUAUGCUUUUUACGGAUAAUGUUUAAAGAUAUCUGUCGUUGUUGCGUGUUACUCCGUGCCGCCGGAUAAUACUGACUAUAAACUGGUACAAACUGGCAGAGUAUAUCCGUCUCUUGUCACAUGAGCUUAUUUCGAGCAGAAGAGAUUUUCUGAAAGUAAUGCAUAACUCGCUAGCGUUGUUUAUUUUUAUUGCGUUUGCAACGUAAUUUGAUAAUUGAAAGAGGUCACUUAUUGAAGAGUAAGUCUUUGAAAACGUGACGAAUUUAGCGAUUUAAAAUGAAUUACAGAAAUAGAAUUUGCUUUAUGAUGAAUACUAUAUGGAAUUGUACAAAUAAUAUAUUAUUAUUUAUUAAAAAUUUCCUCGGGCGAGAAAAAUUAUUUCGGAUUAAUUUUUAUUCUCGUCGCGCAGCUUUGUUUCUAAAAACAGGCUUUUUUUUAGAUUUGUUCUUUUAAAUUAAUCAAUCUCGCGUUUUUAUUUUAUAAUUACAUAAUUUUUAUAUAUAUUUCCAUCUAUUUACUUGUUCAUUGCACUCAGCGUCUGGCGAUACUUUGCAUUUGUUACCUGCAAUGUAAUUCGAAAACAAAUGUUUACAAGUUAAAUUAAUUCGUUUAUUCAUCAAUAAGUUAAUGAUGUAAUUAUCGCUGCUAGUCGCACAUAGAGCAAAAGAAUUUAGUGAUCGAAAGGCCAGCGUUGCGUAAUAUCUAAUAAGAGUGAUUAGCAAUUAAAUGUAUAUCAACUAUUAGUAUCUCGACGGCUUCGCGCGUUGUGUGAGCGCAGAUCAGAGUCAAUAAUCUUGUAUUUUCACCACCGUAUUUAUUAGUCAAUUAUAACAAUCGCCAGUUAAUAGAUAAUAAACGAGACGGCUGACGAUUAGAUAAAUGAGAGAGAAAAGGAUGAAAGAAAAACUGUAAUAGCAAUCAGUAAGAAACGCAAUCAGUAAAACGAAAUAUAAAUUAUUGCCAUAGCGAGCCGUACAUGUCGAAAUACAUAUAUCCCAUAACGCGUCAUCUUUGUUGAAAGUAUACAAAGAAAAGAAAAAAUAUGUUUGUAUAUAUAUAACGAGAUAUAAAUGUGUAAAUAUACACGUGUAUGGAGUCUUACCAUGUGCCCUUAAAAUAAAAAUCUCUACCCUUCCUGACUCCUGACUCCUUAUAAAAAAAAAUAGAAAAAGAUGAAACACAAAAAUAUUCUAUGUUUUAUAUGAGUACUUAGAGAGUUUUUACCUCGUUAUAUACGUUUACCAUUAUAAGUAUGUAGAAAACAAAUCGCGCGAGAUAGUGCGUGAAUGAACGAUUAAAACUGGUUUGCUCCUGUCAUCGUCGAACCGACUACAAAACACACAUUGCUGAAAUAAACAUCGUUUAUAAGUC